UACAAACAUCCAUACAUGGCUACAAAACCAAACAUUUUCCAGUUCUAUAUCUAUUUCCAAACAAUUUAAACAUACUGUGUUCUUACAAUUACCUCAAGUGGUGAAUUUUAUCUUAGUCAUUGCAAUGGCAUAAACAUCCUGGACCCAGACACUAUUUUUUAAAUCAUACUAUAACUUGUUUUAAAUUGUGAUAUACAACUUUGUAACACCAACUGUUAGCACAUAUUUUAUCUCAUUAUGACAAUUAUAAAAUAAUCAUGAAACCCAAAGACCCCAAUAUUUGUUCAAGGUAUCAUGAUGAGGCUUCUGGAAACACAGGGUAAAUAUGACCACACUGUGGAAGCCAGUGGAAAUUGAAGUUAUAUGGAUUUUAAAAGAAUUUGCUCAUUUUAAAUGGCCUUUUAGAAGAUGUGGUACAUAUAUACAAUGGAAUAUUACUCAGCCAUAAAAAGGAACGAAAUUGGGUCAUUUAUAGAGACAUGGAUGGACCUAGAGACUGUCAUACAGAGUGAAGUAAGUCAGAAAGGGAAAAACAAAUAUCAUAUAUUAACGCAUAUAUGUGGAAUCUAGAAAAAUGGCAUAGAUGAACCAGUUUGCAAGGCAGAAAUAGAGACACAGAUGUAGAAAACAAACGUAUGGACACCAAGGGGGGAAAGGGGGUGGGUGGGAUGAAUUGGGAGAUUGGGAUUGACAUAUAUACACUAAUAUGUAUAAAAUAACUAAUGAGAACCUGCUGUAUGGCACUGGGAACUCCACUUCGCUGUACAGUAGAAACUAACACAACAUUGUAAAACAACUAUACCCCAAUUUUUAAAAAAUGGCCUUUUACUAAUAAAGAGCCUGUUAACUUAGUAUAUUUGGAUAAGUGAUGAUGACCUGAUUUUACAAACACAGAUUAUUCAAGUAGAAAUUAGGCAGAACUCUGUCUUCAUCCUAGAAGGUUAGAUCUUUAAGAAUUUGGGGGGAAAAAAGAAUUUUAAGAGAACAAAGCUCUGGGGCCAGGAGACAAACAACAUUGCAAUGCUGAAGCCAUUGCAGCAUUAUAUAUCUUCUUUUUCUGAGUGUGAUCUCUAAUCUUCAAGGUCUUUUCCCUUUUCUUUCUUGUUUUCUUUAUAACAUGGAAAAUUAAACAAACCUUUCCAUUUUUUUCUAUCUUUUUUAGAACGUAAACUCUGAAAGAUCAGGACUUGUUAUUGUACGCUCUUUCAUGCCAACUUGGAUCUCAGUAUUCUGUAAAUCAUGAGCUCUUUUAAAAAGCUGAUACUUAAUCAGUAAAUUUGACUAACUCAUGGUUGAGUUCAAUAGAAUCGGCAUUUAACAAUUUCUAUUCAGCACAAGGCACUGGACCAAGUACUAGAGAGACAACUAGGGUGUGUCUAUGCUCCCUGAAAUUAUCAAAAGGGAGACUUUGCCUAUAGACUCCAAGGCUCAAAGAUAUAAAAGAAACUUUAAAGCUUUAUUGAAAUAUUUUAACAAAAAUGUACAUCCAGUUAUGCAUGUACCAGAGUGAUCAACUUUCACCUUUCUCCCAAGUUUUAAAGAGGAACUCCCUCAUCACAGGCUUUCCAAAUACCCAGCAAUCUCAUCAGAAAAGACUUUAAGUAUUGAGAAGCUGCCAAGCUCAUGGCAGUGGAUACACAUUUUGUAAACUUCUCAUUCUCGCUUGAAAGCUCAAAAAUUAUCAUUGGUGACAAUAAUUACCCCUUGUUUUCCUGGAAGUGACAGGUGCACGUUAUUUAUUUUCUAAAAAAAUGUCUGUCAAAUGCCUGUCUGAAUACCCAUAGUUUGUCCAUCUUUCUUUCAAGUAAAAAUAGUGUUCCGUGAAAAUAAAAAUAAAAACACUAGCUCAGCUUGCGACUUAAGCACUCAAGUGUUUUCCUGGAGGCAAAUAUGGCAGCUCCGUGUUCAGGGCACAUACUCUGUGCUUUCUUCCUCUUUUUUUCACACAGAAUUUUUAAAAGUGUACCAAAAGGUUGAAAUGUAAUAAAAUUAAUAAUUUUUCUGCCUUAUCACGUACACUGUCAAGUUACACUGGCCUCUACAGCGUGGCUCCUGCCUGGAUUCCUGCUAAGACACCUGCACUUUCUCCCACCAUUGUUCUUGCAGCAUUCGAGCAAAAGUCAGCACAGGGCACGAGUCAGGUGAGUUUUAGGAUUGUCACGAAAACGGUUCUGACCCUCAGACCCCCUGAAAGGGUCUCGGAGCCGCCAGGGCGUCGAGGACUGCACUUGAAGAACCACCCGGCGUCCGCGCACGAGAAAUCGCAGAUCCCUCCCUGUUCAGUUACGCGCGCUCGAGGCGUGUUUAUCACUACAGGUCUGACCGCGGAGCACCGAGGAGCAGACGUGCGCGGCGUCCAGCGAUGGUCCGGUACCCGGGACGCUCGCAGGACCGCGCGGGGGCCGCCUUGCGGUUGCCGUGGCAACGAUCGCGGGCGGGCGCGGCGCGGCCAUCGACCAGUGACGCCUGCGCGCUCUGCGCUCUGCCGAGAGGGCUGCGGCGCCCCGCGGGCCGGCGGGAAGAUGGCGGCGGCGGCGGCGGGCUACCCAGCUGGGAAGGGGCGCGACAUUAGCCUGGCGGCCCUGCGGCGCCACGACCCCUACAUCAGCCGCAUCGUGGACGUGGCCAGCCAGGUGGCCCUGUACACCUUCGGCCACCGGGCCAACGAGUGGGAAAAGACUGAUGUGGAAGGAACCUUAUUUGUUUACACAAGGUCUGCUUCUCCGAAACACGGCUUCACCAUCAUGAACAGGCUGAGCAUGGAGAAUAGGACAGAGCCCAUCACGAAAGACCUGGAUUUCCAGCUCCAGGACCCCUUCCUUCUCUACAGAAAUGCCAGAUUGUCCAUUUAUGGAAUUUGGUUUUACGACAAGGAAGAAUGCCAAAGAAUUGCAGAGCUUAUGAAAAACCUCGCCCAGUACGAGCAGUUGAAAGCCCACCGCGGAGUGGUAGUGGGAGCGUCCCCCGUGAGCCUCAGCUCGGGAGAGGGCAAGGAGGCAGACAUCUUGCGCAUGCUCUCCAAGGCCAAGGACGAAUACACAAAGUGUAAAGCCUGUCCUGAGCCCAAACAGAUCAGCAGCUCGUCCGCCAUCUACGACAACCCCAAUCUCAUCAAGCCGAUUCCGGUGAAGCCCAGUGGGAGCCGGCAGCAGCGCGGCCCUCGGCCCGGCCAGACCUUAGACCCUGAACCCCAACACCUGUCCUUGACGGCUCUCUUCGGGAAGCAGGACAAAGCUACGUGUCAGGAAGCCGCGGGGCCUCCAAAGACCCUCCACCAGCAGCAGCAAGAGAAGCUUCCGAUUCGGCAGGGGGUCGUCCGCUCCCUGUCCUACGAGGAACCCCGCAGACGCUCGCCCCCGGUCGACAGGCAGCUCUGUCCCGCCAUUCAGAAGCUCCUGGUGGGGAGCGCAGACCUGCAGCCGCUGGCAGAGCUGCCCGAGAGCUGGCCCUGCAGAGACGCCGCCCGGCCAGGGUCUCCCCGCGGCCCCGAGGUCUCCCGCCGCGCGCACGGUGCCCCCAGGACUCAGAACGCGCCGGACCAGCUCCAGAGCAUUCCCAAGGCGCCAGCACCAGCCGCCUCGGCCGCCACCCUCCCGCCGCAGACGCCGGGGCCCCGGGCACUGCCGAGGCCAGCGCCCCCCGGCCCUGGGCCCGGCCGUCAGCCCCCGGGGCCCAGCGAGGUCUCCCCGCGGGAGCUGCUGUGGAAGCUGCAGGCGGUGCAGCAGGAGCAGCAGUUGCCGGCGCCCGGCCGCCCCGCCCUGGCGGCCAAGUUCCCCGCGGCCACCCCGCGCGCCCGAGCACGGAACCCCCUGGAGUCCUGGCGGGACCAGACCCCCAGCGCGGAGCAGCAGGCCCCCCUCCUGCAGGCCGUGCUUACAAGCACUGAGUGCGUGCCCCGCCCCUGCUGCACGUGGUACGUGGAGAUGAGGAGCUGGGUGCCCUGCCCCUGCGGACGCCGCAGCCCGUGGGCGCUUGAGGUCCUCUCGCCCCGGCGCGCCCCACCCGCCGCAGGCCUAUCUCCGCUCAUGUCGCCACUGGUGUUCACGCAGCCCCCCUGGGCCCCGCCGCCAGAGAGGGGCAGUGGGCUCUUGCCCCCGGGAAGCCAGGACCCAGCGGCCACCCCCAGCGGCCCCCUCCUGCCCCUGCGGACGCCGGAGCCCCCCAGGACGCCGGGCAGUGCCCUGACCAAGCCGCAGCUCCAGGAGGCCCUGCUGCACCUCGUCCAGAAUGACGACAACUUCUUAAAUAUAAUCUACGAAGCUUAUCUCUUCAGCAUGACACAAGCGGCCAUGAAAAAGACUCUGUGAAAGCAAAACAUUUUAAGACUGAUCUCCAAGGCCCUCCGGCUCAAGGUUCUUUCAUGUCAAAUGUUGUUUCCCUAAAUGUUUCUGCCUUUUUUAGAAAGUAUGUAUUAUAUGAAGUAAAAUGCUUCAGGCUUUUCUCA